AUGGCAUGCUCCUGCCGGGACCUGGCAACAAAUCGGGAGGAGCAGGGUAGGGGAGCCAUGGAUGAGGAGUUGAGGGUGCUGGCUGCCGGCGGUGGUGGUGGAGAUUGGGCGUUACCACUGAUUCAGCCGCAGCCGCAGCCCCCUGCUUCCGCCGCCGGCCACCGGCUGCGCCUGCUCCCUUUGCGCGCGGCGUGGGGCUCUUCGCGGUCACCAACAGCCUCCACAACGAGGAGGGCGUCCACCGCGCGUCGUCUUCAGCCGCCGCGCGUCGUCUUCAAGGACGAGGUCUACCCUGAGGGGACUCACCUCAUCGUCCCAUUAAUCGAGAGGCCCGUCAUCUGCAACGUCCGCGCCCGACCCAACCUCGUCGAGAGCACUUCCGGGAGCAGGGACCUUCAGAUGGUAACGUUUGCCUCUCCAGAUCCUUCGACUGAAUGUUGUAGCAUGCUAAUUUACAGCUUGAGGCGUGGUUUAGCUGCUGAAUCUGCAGGCCAAGUCCAUGUUUGGGACCAAACCCAAGGGGUCUGCUUUUAGUAGCACAUAUUGCUCUGUUAUUUUUUGGCCUGUAAUAGGAUUGGGCACUUGUAUGAAGGUUUAUUAGGAAUUUGGAUAGACGGAUAGGGUAUGGUACAUGUUAGUAUCAUUUCUGAGCAUGUGCUGUAAUU